AUGCAUGAUAGGUGGUUAUCAACUAUCAAUCAAUAUACAUUUUCCAUUAAACAUCAAAGUGGAAAACUUAAUCAAGUUUUUGAUGCAUUGAGUAGGAGAGCUCAUCUUUUAGUUACUCUUAAAAAUGAGAGUUUAGCUUUUGACUUCUUGAAAGAUCUGUAUGGUGAAGAUAAAGAUUUUAAGAAUCUAUGGGAAAAGUGUGGUUCUUCAACAGGCAGUGUUGAUGAUUAUCUCAUUCAUGAUGGUUUUCUUUUUAAAGGAAAUCGUUUAUGUAUACCACAGUGUUCUUUACGUCUUCAUUUGAUCCAACAAUUACAUGGAAGUGGUUUAGGAGGACAUUUUGGACGUGAUAAAACCAUUGCUUUGGUUGAGGAACGAUAUUUUUAG